CGACUGUAACGUCGUGCAUCAUGUAGAAUUAGCUUAGUGCUUAAGCAUGAAGAGGCUGCACUUUCUAUAUGAUGUUCUCAAGAAUACUUAGAAGAGGCAUCCAGAUCAUUAGCUUUAAGGGGCUAGCUUCACAUUUUAGAGCAUCAUGUUCGAAUAUCUCAUCAAGUCUCAAUCAUGGCUAGGCAUCUAGAGAAUUAGCUUAUGGCUUAAGCAUUAAUAUCAGCAACUUGAACUUUUUAGGGCAUCAUGUUCGAUUGCAUUACAAGAUGUAGCUUUCUCUAUGUGCUUCUUCUUUUUUUUCCAUUGUGAUUGAUUGCUCUAAUUACUGCUUGCUUUUAAUUCCCUCCAUCAUUCACUCUAAUUCACACCACAUAAAGUUAGUCAUAUUGCCAUCUCCACCACACUAUUAAUGUUUCACUGCAGAAAAGCUCAUGAUCAUGAUGAUGUCACUAAAAUAGAGGCUUGACUGGAGGGCCUGAACAUGAAGAUCGGAAGAUAUGUAUUGAGUACUGAAUGAUCGAUAGAGUUACCCACUGUGUUUGACCACAUCAACAUUUCUGAUAUGUUCCUUUCUGCAAGAAUUUAUUUCCUUGUUUUUCCAUGUGCUUUCUUGUCAUCCUAGUGUCAAGUUCUAUCUUCCUUGGUUUUGAGUUUGUCUAACGCGCAAAAUUCUUUGAAGUUCUUUCUUUUUUUUCUUUUUCAAAAAAAAAAAAAAAAAAAAAAACGAAACAAGAAUGGAGGUCGUUGCUGCAAUUGCAGCGACAAUCGUAGAGUACACUAUUGGACCAGUUGGACAAUGGCUAUGUUAUUCAUGCCGCUAUGGCAGCAACAUGGAGGAUCUAAAGAAUCAGGUAAAGAGUUUGCAGGAUGCUAAAAGUAAGGUGCAACACUCCAUUUAUGCUGCUAUAAGAAAUGGUGAGGAAAUUGAAGAUGAUGUCAACACGUGGUUGACAAAGGCGAGUGUGAUUACAGAAUUGGCCACCAGGAAAAUUCGUGAAGGUGAAGAAGAAGAAGUAGAGACGAGGAGCUCUAAUAUUGGGGCAUGCCUGAACUUGAAGCAACGACAUCAGCUAAGCCAAGAAGCAAAGAAUAUAGUGGGAAAUAUUGCUGAACUUCUUAAGAAUGGAACCUUUAACAAAGUUUCUUAUCGUCCUGCUUUAGAAGUUGGAAUGUGGGCGACUACAAGAUACAUGGAUUACGUGAACUUGCAAUCGAGAAUGUCAAUUGCAAAGGGAAUUAUGGAGGCAUUGGGAGAUGCUAAUAUCAACAAGAUUGGUGUAUGGGGGAUGGCUGGAGUUGGAAAAAGUACAUUGAUGAGAGAAAUUGUCAGGAAAGUCAAUAAAGAAAAGUUAUUCGAUGAGGUGGCUAUGGUAAUCGUGUCAGAGAGUCCAGAUUUAAGGCGAAUUCAAGGAGAGAUUGCGGACACAUUGGGUCUAAAGUUUGAUCAAGAGACUGAAAAAGGGAGAGCAAGUCAACUACAAAGGAGGCUAUCGAAAGACAAGAAGAUACUUGUUAUUUUGGAUGAUAUAUGGAAGCCACUUGAUUUGGUGGAAAUAGGAAUUAUUCCUUCUGAAAGAUGCAAAAUAGUACUGACAUCUAGAAAUCGAGAUGUAUUAACUUGCAGAAUGGGCACCCAAAAGGAUUUUGAAAUUCAAACUUUAUUGAUAGAAGAAGCAUGGGACUUAUUUGAGAAGAUGGCGGGUGAAUCUGUCAAAGAUCCUAAUGUGAGAGGCAUAGCAACUGAGAUAGCUAAAGAGUGUGCAGGUCUUCCUAUUGCUCUUGUAACAGUUUCAAAUGCCUUAAAAAAUAAGAUUUUAGGUGAAUGGAAGGAUGCCCUGCGCCAGCUAAGAAGACUGGUUCCUAGACACGUCACAGAAAUGCUAAAAAGAGUAUAUUCUCCUAUAGAGUUGAGUUACAAGAAACUUGAGUCUCAGCAGCUUAAAUCCCUCGUUUUACUCUGUGCUCAACUCUCACCCUUUGUUUUCUAUCGUGACUUGUUGAAGUAUUGUUAUGGUUACGGCUUUUUUCAUGAUGGCAUUGAUACAUUGGAAGAAGCAAGAAACAUGCUAGAUACACUACUUGGUAAACUAAGAGACUCUUGUCUGAUACUAGAAAGUUUCAUUCAUGGAUUUCGAAUGCAUGAUCUUGUUCGUGAUGUCGCUACAAUAAUUGCAUCGGAGGAUCAUAAUAUGUUUGUUGUCAUCAGAGACGAUGGUGGGCUAAGAACAUGGCCGGAAGUAGAUUCAUUCAAAAGAUGCGAAGCUUUCUCUCUUCUUGGUGGAGAUAUCAAUCAACUUCCCAAUGAAAUGGAAUGUCCCGAAUUAAGAUUCUUUCAUCUCUGUUUAGAAGAUCGUUCAUUGCAGAUACCGGACACUUUCUUUCAAGGGAUGGACAAGCUCAAUGUUUUAGAUUUGACAAAAACACAACUUCCAUCACUUCCUUCGUCUCUUCUUCUCCUUAGAAACCUACAAACAUUGUGUUUGGAUCAAUGCAUGUUGGGAGACAUAUCUGGGAUUGGAAAACUCAAGAAUUUAGUAAUUCUUAGUCUUCUUCGUUCUGACAUUUCAAAACUACCAAAAGAAAUAGCGUCGUUGGUUCAUUUGCGGUUGUUAGAUUUGAGCAAUUGUUCCAAACUCGAAAUGAUUCUCCCAAAUGUCAUAUCAAGUUUGGUCAAAUUAGAAGAGCUAUAUAUGGGAAACAGCUUUGUUCAAUGGGAGGAUGAAGGUCUCAAUGAUGAAAGAAAAAAUGCCAGCCUUGCUGAGCUCAAUCAUUUGUCAAAAUUGACAAGUUUAGAUAUACAAAUUCCAAAUGUCAACAAUCUAUCGAAAGAUUUAAUGUUCGAAAAGUUGGAGAGAUACACAAUAUGCAUAGGAGAUGUUUGGGACUGGAUUGAUAGUACUGGACGAACCUCGAGAAGACUGAAACUCAAGUUCAACCCAAGCUUUCAACUGCAGUCUUGGGUCAAAUUGCUAUGGAAGAGAGUGGAAGAUCUUCGUUUAGAUAAGUUAAAUGGUGUUGAGAGUGUCAUACCCGAAAUGGAUAGAGAAGGACUUCAACAACUUAAGCAUCUUCAUAUCGAAAAUAAUGCUGAGCUUAAGUAUAUCCUUAACUUGAGGACACCGGUUAUUGCGUUUCCUACCUUGGAGAUGUUCGUUCUCGAGAAUAUGAUUAGUUUAGAAGAAAUAUGUCAUGGCAAACUUCGAUUAACAUCCUUCAAAAACUUGAGAGUUUUAAAGGUGAUAAGCUGUGAUAAAUUAAAAUAUGUCUUCUCAUCAUCCAUUGCCAGGGCCUUCCAUUACUUGAAGAAUUGGAGGUAAAACAUUGCAACAACAUGGGUGCUAUAGUCAAGAAAGAAGAAGAACAGGGAAUAGAAGAUGGAGAUAUGAUCUUGUUUCGUCGACUGGAAACCUUAGUGCUAGAAGAUGUUCCCAAGCUUGUGAGCUUCUUGAGCACAAAAAAUUCAUUCAUGAGGGAUGGUGGAGAAAUCAGCCAUGAUCCUGACGUGCCACUUCUACAUGAUCAGGUUGCCUUCCCUAAUCUGAAAAUACUUCAUCUUUGUGAUCUACCCAAAAUAAAGCACCUCUGGAGUAAAGACUCUCAAAUAAUUUUCAUGUUUCAAAAUUUACAAGUAGUAAAUGCUUGGAGAUGUGAGAGUUUAAAAAGCAUAUUUCCAGCUUCCAUUGUUAAAUAUCUCGAGCAAUUGAAGGAAAUUGUGAUUGUUGGGUGUGGGGUGGAGGAAAUUGUGGCAGUCGAAGGAGGAGGAGAUCAAGCAAUAGUAAGGUCGUUGGUGUUUCCUCGAGUGACUUGUCUGCAUCUUAUACAUUUAUCGAGACUCAAGUAGUUUUACCAAGGAAUGUAUAUUUCAGAAUGGCCAAUGUUGGAAACUUUGUUGGUUAUUGGUUGCGAGAAAGUUGAGAUAUUGGCUUCUGGACUUGUGAGCUUUCAAGAAACAGUUAAAGCAAGCCCACCUGAGAUGUGCAUUAAACAACCCCUUUUCUUGGUAGAUGAGGUACAAGAUUAAUUUAUAAAUUAAUUUUUUUAACAACAUAAUAUAAUACUAAAAUGAAGUUGUCAUCAUAGUCUAUAAAUAGAUAGUAUAAAAAUAAAUUUAUAAACUGACGUAAGUUAAUGCAUGUAAUACGUCAUAUUGUAAUAAUUAAACUGGUGUUGUUAUCAUGGGAUGUGGUAUUUUUUAACUACUAUUCAGAUGAAUUUUACAGAUGUCAUUUAGGAGCUUGGAGACAUUGCAUCUUGUGCAAAUGGAUAAGUUGGAAAUUUUAUGGCACGAUCAAGUAGCUGCGAGUUCCUUUUCCAAUACUCAUCUAUUAAUGGUUAUUGGUUGUGAAAAUCUUUUGCGCAUCUUUCAAUCUAAUCUGCUUACAACAUUCUAAAGUCUAACUUCUCUACAUAUAAUGGAUUGUGGUUUGUUGGAAGCUAUUUUUGAACGACAUGAUGCUUUAACAGUCUCAGUGGCUACAAGUCUCACGCAAUUGGAGCAUCUUACUAAUAUGACUCUAUCCAAUUUGCCAAAACUCAAGUGGUUUUUAGAAGGGGAGCAUACUUUGGAAUUUCCAUCUUUGAAACAAUUGCAAGUUUUGAGAUGUGACAAAGCUAAUUUUUUUUGCUACAAAAUAUUUGAAAAUAAGUCAUCGGAGCAGCCAACUUGAGACCUGCAUUCAACAACCCAUUUUUGUGGUUGAAGAGGUUACGUUCCCAGACUUGGAGGUUUUGAUAUUGAACUUCGAACAAAGUACCCUAUGGCCUAGAAAGUUUUCAGGUUUUGCACCAUCCUUUCUUGUAAGAUUACAAAAUCUGUCGGAACUUCAGGUAUAUUAUAGUGGGUGGGAAGAAAUAUUCUCGAAUGAACUUCUUGAUCGAGAGAAAUUAGUGCCACGACUAAGAAAACUCGAGAUCCAUUGUCUACCUAUGUUAACACAUUUGUGGAAAGGAGACACACAUGAGCCAUGCCCAAUCUUUCAUACUCUCGACAUACUUCAAGUGUCACAAUGCGCUAAAUUGAAAAGUUUAAUGCCACAUUCGGUAUCUCUUCAAAAUUUGACAAAUCUAAAAAUAUCGAAUUGUCAUGGAUUGAUCAAUUUAGUAACAUCCUCAACAGCCAAAACUCUGGUGCAACUCAAGAAAAUGACUAUAAGCAAAUGCAAAAGGAUUACAGAAAUAGUAGCAAUCGAGGAUGGUGAAGCAAAUGUGAUGCUUACUUUCAACAACUUAACAUACUUGGAACUUAAUUGAUAGCUUGCCAAACCUGGCAAACUUUUGCUCCAAAGGUUAUAUAUUCCUUUGUAUUGUUUCCAUCUCUCGAGAAAGUAAUUAUGAGAUGUUGCACCGAGAUGAAGACUUUCUGUCACGGAGUCGUAAGAGCACCAAAAUUGAAAAGUGUACAAGCAACAGAAGAUGAAGAUGAUUUACCUUGGGAGCAAGACCUCAAUACCACCAUACAUUGGCUUUGGGAGGGAGAUUAUGAUACUCGAUUGUUAUUUACGUAAAAGGUUGAGAAUUCUAACGAAGAAGAAAAUCAUCAGCCAUAGUAUGCAGCAGCUGGAAUCAUGAUGUCGCUUUCCAACAUAGAGUUUGUUGAACCAAUAAUCACGUACAUUUCUUUCAAUCAUUCGAAGUCAAUUGGGCGGGCAGGGAACUUUCAUUCCCGUUGUUAGAGAAAUAAAGCAUAUAUAGUUGAUUUAUGGUACUUGCUUGAUCUUUUAUUUAUGUGGCUUCUAUAUUUGCAUGAAAGAAUGUCAAUAAAAUAAAAACAUUAUGUUGA